AACGAUGAGAAUGCCGGACACAGCGUUCGGCCUGCACGCGCUUGGUGACGAACGUAAGCCACAAGCUGCCAAACGUUCACGCUGGCAGCGAAUUUGUCGGCCCAAGUGCUCCGGGGCCGUCAAACCCUCUGCGAGAGUGGGAGAGCAUACCACUGUAGCCAGGCUUCAUCGGCCCAAAAGCUGCCGCACGGGGGCAUAAAACGAGCCGGUAGCCGAAAAAGGGAAGAAUAAGCGGCCGGACUGGACCCUGAGCACAACAGGCAAAGAAACAAACUUUCGCGUCAACACGAUGGGCAACGCAAAUUCCUCCCAAACACGCCGCCGUCGCCGGAGCGGCAACGGCGCCGAGAUGUUCGCGGGCUUCCAGCCCGGCACCCAAGUCGGCCUCGGGGUCGGCCGGCCGGGCGCGCGCGUCGGCGCGGGGCGGCCAGGAGCGCGGCGGUGGAUCAUGCCGCCCACGAUCGACCGCAACCACCUCGACACCAUGGACCCGGCGACAUAUGCCUUGGUGCGAGACAUGCUCACGCGCCAGUACUUGGCAGCACACGGCCCGGCCCUGAUGGCGCCGCCCCUGUCGCCGGUCGUGGCGCCGCGGGGCCGCGCCCACGCGCCGGCUCCACGCGGCCCCGUAGUCAUUAUCCAGCGCCAGGCCACGCCCUGGCGGACGGCGCGCGAAGAGCGCGCCUCGCGGGAAGCUCACCGACGCUUCGAGCGGAACCGGUGGCGCCCGCCGGGGACGUUUACCACCGUGGUGCACACGAACGAAGAGGACUGGGACGGCCGCGCGCGCGCGCCCUGGAUGCGCGACGAGCGCGGGCGGCGCGUCCAGACCCUCGCGGCGGAGUCCGAGCGCGCGCGCCUGCAACAGCGGCGCCGCGAGGAGGAGAGCCGCCGCGUGCGACGACCGUCCAAGAUUCGGUCGGCGUUCAAGCGGAUGAUGGGCCGCAAGAAGCCGCCCACGGGCGAGGCCGCCGAGUGCGUCGUUUGUUUGGACGCGCCGACGGGCGUCAAGCUCAAGCCGUGCGGGCACCUCGUCCUCUGCGAGGCGUGCUCGCAGCGCGUCGACGUGUGCCCCGUCUGUCGCGAGCCGAUCGCGGAGCGGCGGGCGACUGUGUGAUAAUAAGUGUCCUUAGUC